AUGACGAGCGAGCUCCGGUCCCGGCGCAAGGCGCCGCUGCAGGUCGAGACCAGCAGCGCGUCGCCUACUGCAGAGAAGCCAAGCGCAUCGCCAGCGACGGUCUCUGCCGGCAACGCCUUCCGCGCCAGCCGCGAGCAUGGCUUGGACGGGCUCCUCCUCUUCCAGGAAGAGCCACGUCAGUUCCUCUUCCUCUUCCUCGUCGUCGUCGCCGUCGCACACUACUCGUUCACGCACGACUCGGACGAUUUCGAGCUCAACGUCCGCAAUGGGCUCUGGUCGGCCAGCUUUAUCUUCCUCGCGUACUGCUUUCUCCAGACGCGCGACGGCCUCCUCGUGCGCCCGCAUCCCGGCGUCUGGCGCAUCGUGCACGGCCUCUCGGUGCUGUACCUUCUGUUGCUCGCGGCCUUGUCCGUGCAGAACCUGGCGUCGGCGACUGCGGCCAUUCGCGUGCUCUUUCCCGAAGUGGGCACGAAGGCGACGGCGAAGCCAUCGACGUCUUUGAACUGCGAGAUCAACUCGACGAGCCCAUGGCGGUGUGUAGACGCUGUACCGGGGCGUCUCGAGCAUCUGGUUCCUCGCGCACGUCACGGGGUGUGGGGCAAGAUGUGCAUGUUCCGCGACUGGCGCUUCUGCUGGGUCCUCGCCGUCGCGUUUGAGCUCCUCGAGCUCAUUUUCCAGUUUGUGAUUCCCGACUUUCAAGAAUGCUGGUGGGACUCGCUCUUUAUGGACCUCUUUGGCGCCAACUUUAUCGGCAUGUGCCUCGGCCGCCUCACGCUCAAGUACCUCGAGACCAAGGAGUACGACUGGUCGGGCAAGAAGGGCUACGUCCGGCGCGCGCUCAGCCAGUUUACGCCGUUCAGCUGGUCGCGCUACGACUGGGAGGUCUUCUCGAGCUUCAAGCGAUUCGCGCUCGUGGCCGUCGCGGUGUUUGUGUGCCUCCUCGUCGAACUCAACGCGUUCUUCCUCCUGAGCACGCUCAACAUUCCAAAGGAAAGCCACAUCAACAAGUACCGGCUCGGUCUCAUCUUCAUGCUGGGCCUGCCCGCGGCCUCCGAGUACUUUGAGUUUGUCACCAACCCCGCGUGCUGGCGCCUCGGCCAGAACGCGUGGAUGAUGUGCAGCAUCGGCGUGUUUGAGGUCCUUGUCUGGGUCAAGUUUGCCGACGGCCUUGCCGGCACGUCGACGCCGCCGCCGGACGUGUACCUCCCGCUCUUGGCCUUUAGCGCGCUCUUCUCGCUCUGGAUGCUCCUCUUCUUUAGUCAGCGCAAGACGGACAAGCCGUCGACGCACCGCCUCACGCUCCUCGAUGUGCUCUUCUACGUCUCGUUCACGCCGCUUCUGUACCUGACCAAGCAGUGGGCGUACUGA